ACGCCCACCAGCCUGCCCGACGUCCCGCGGUUGCCGGAGUUACUGGUGGAGCGUCGGAGCUGCGAUAACGACGGGUUUUUUAUAAAUAAAAGUUAAAAUGGCUUCUGGAACUGGUCAAGCUAUUUCUUCAGAAGAACUUCGGAGAAGACUUUAUCAGACAUUCAAAAACAGAGGUGUCUUAGAUUCUUUAAAGUCUCAGCUUCGAAAUCAGCUUGUUCAUGAGCUAACACGGCCGGAUUUAAAUGGACGUUUACUUUCACAUGGUCACCAUCGUCAGCAUUCUUCUACGGAUGAAAACUCUCUAUUAAUUAUGGCAGCAAAUAGCAUUGUAGCCGAUCACCUAAGCAGGACAGGAUACGAGUACUCACUGUCCGUCUUCUUUCCAGAAUGUGGCUUAGAAAAGGAGAAGGUAUUUACAUCAAAAGAUCUGCUACAGAUCAUGAAAAUAAGCUCAAGAUCAGAACUGUACAAGUCCAUUAUCUCACAUCAUCAAAAGGACCAUGACAAAGGAUUUCUUAUUCAAUUCCUGAUGGAGCUGACUGAUCAUCGCCUAACAAAAGACUAUCGAGAUGCAGAGGUCCAGACCAGCUGUAUUCCACAGUAUAAGGAGUCUAUUGUUGAUAAACUUCAAAUGAUUGACGAAGAAUAUGCGACUUAUCAACCAACAAAUAUGCAAGAGGACUUUUGGGAAACAAAACUACUUAAAUAUCGCAAACAGAUAGAAGAACAACUUCAGGCAGAGCUGCAGCAAGAGAUGCAGCAUUUUAAGGACGUGGAAUUAGCUAAAAUUCAGAUUCAGGAAAAAGAGCGGUCAAGGAAGGAUGGCGAAGACCACAGAUUGAAACUAGAUAAAAUGUACCAGUUGAAAGCUGAAACGUUGAUUGCAAGAGAGAAGAAUGCUAUUGAGAGACUUCAGAAACAGCAGGAGGUUGAGGAGAAAGAAAUCUAUAUGCAAAGGCAAAGUUUACUGAAAGAUAUUGAAGCUCUACGUAAUAGAGAAGUAGAACUUAGGCAACGAAUUGAAUCCUUUGAGUUGACCCAGAAUUUGCAUGGGCAGAAGAACAAGAGUAUAGAAGACAGUCUCCAAAGACGGGAGCUGUCAGUAAAAAAUAUCGAGGAGUCUUACGAGCAAAAGCUUAAGAAUGAACUGUGCAAGUAUCAGCUGGAACUGCAGGAUGAUUAUCGGAAAAGAAUGGAGAAAGUGGCAGUAAAUGAGAAAAGAAUUGAAGCAGAAGCAGCUCGGUUACAUGAAGAAUCUCUUAUCAUACAUUCCAGUAAAGUGGAACAUCAACAAAUCCGCGCUCAAGCGAUGAAGUUGGAGGUUGAACUAAACGAAGCCAAAAGCCAGAUUUGUUUGCUCGUGAAGCAGAAUGAGCUACUGAAUGAAAGAUUACAGGACACAGCUGACCAUGCAUCGUUAAAGACUGAAAAUAUACAGUUUCAGACUGAGAUCAGACUCCUCCGGAAACAGUUGGAUGAAGCUCGUUGCGAAAAUCAGACACUGUGUACAAUGUUAAACGAACCUUCUGCUGCGCACACAGCACUUCAAGCUGAACUGAAGAAAACAGAAUAUUCCAGAAAGGUUGACCAGGAUGAAUAUCAAAGGCAGAAAGAAAUAUUUGAGCAACAGCUGAAGAAUGAGGUGGAGCGCUGUGCACAGGUGAGAAGCCAACUUUUGGAAUUUGACGAUCAAACCAGAAGGCUGAACGGGCAGGUUGAUGAUUUGAAACUUCAACUGCGGCAGACACAGUUGGCUUUGGAGAAUGAAGUGUUCCGUAAUCCCAAGCCCUCACUGCUUGAUCGGUCUACCAUUGACCUCUCUGCAGACCUUGUACCUGCUGAUACUUACAUAGAUACUGGUAUACCCAGGAGCAGGGUAGUGUUUGAAGAACGCCUCUUUUAUCCAGGUGCUGGCACAUGUGCAAAUUACUCUAAAUACAUUGGAACGCCAAAUUCUUCAUCAGAUUCAGACCAAGAUUUUGUUGCCGGAGCCAAGGCUCGAAUAAGAGAGCUGGAAAAGGAGUCGGAGAAUCUCGAGGAAGCCUAUAGAAACUACCAAAAUAGGGUUAUUCAAACUGCUAUUCAGAAGAGUUCGGAGAGUCAAUAUUUUUCUCAAUUGCCAGUUAACAGUAUUCUCAGUAAAAUGUCAUCUACACACCAGCAUAGAGUGUCAUUCGCAGACUCUUUUCUUUCUUCCAAUCAGUUAGAGCUCUCAACAAGGCAGCAAAUAUCUGAAGGAAGUCAUCGACCAGUAAAUAAAUUUGAAGAUUACCAGACUCCCCCUGUAUGUCUGUUCACAUCCCCAAAAUAUAGCUCUUCAACCCCAGUCAAACAGAAGCUUGAAUACAGAGCACGCGUGGAGACCUCAGAAGGUGAGGAUGGAUCAUUUAUGGUCUGUGUUCCCGGUGUAUCAGAACAUCAGUCAUCAAUUACAACCAGUCAAGUACAAUCCUGUGAUUUUCAAGUUGUCAAUACAGCAAAUUGUCCUUUAUCCGCCAUCUGUGCUGCGAAUGAAAGGUCAGAAAAUAAUCAGAUUGAUAAUCCUGUGUCUAUGCCUUCAACAUUUCCAAGGUUUAAAGAGCGACUUGAUCAACCUGAUGAUCAGUGUGAAAUCAUGCAAGAAGGCAUUUCAAUGCUUAAUGAAAACGUAUCCCAGUGGUGGCAAGAAAACGGGGAUAAAGGCUCUGUUUCUUCACAAGGCGAAAAGAUAAUUUCCAUUCCAGCAGAUGCAUGUAAAAUGGAACGGAUUGAAGAUGUGAGCAAACACAGCGAAGACGAAGAAGAAAGCAAAGAGGAAGAGGGGGAAAUCGGGGAAGACGAUGGAGAAAGCAAAGAAGACGAGGAUAAUCAAAGGGUGAAAGAAAAUGCGUGGGAAGAUCAGAUACAAAGGGAUCAGGAGAAACAAUGUCUGGAAAUCCAGGGAUCACGGGAAAGAGAAGAGACAGAACCGGAAUUACAAGAGCAGGAAAACAUAGAGGAAAAGCCAGUGUUGGACCAAGGCGGACAAAGCCCAGAGGGACAGACUCCAGAAAUUGUAGAAUUACCUGCUUCAAGUGCAGACCUGUUGGAAAAAUAUAUGAAACUAGUUCAACAGCAGAAGGAAGAAGAACAACAGCAGGAUGAGAGCUCGAAGAAGGACGUGGGAGAUGAGAGUUCUUUAUCCCAAACACUGUCUGGUGGGAAAAUUGGCAGUCCUGCAGCUUCACAUGAAGAGACCGAGGAGACAUUCUGGUGAAUUUGCCACCGAGCAGCUGACCUUUAUAACAGGCCUAGCACAGAAAGCAUUUCAGCUACACUUGACAUUUUGUUAAAUAAAUUGUUUUAUUGAAAUUUUAUAAAUCUUAUGCCUUAAGACACAAUUUGAGUUUUUCAAAAAUACUUACCUUGUUAGUAAAUGAUGAAUAUUUAUGUAAAAGUCCUAUAAACAAUAGAAUGCUUGGCAAAUAAGUGUGACCUCAUGUUUAGCUGAACAACACAAUCUUGAGAGAGAAGAAUCUAAUCUUUGAUCUGAAUCCUCAACUAGUUGCUCAUACAGCCAUAGAUUUAUGUUUACCUGAUGUUUAUCUCGAUUGACUUGACAUAUGUCAACGACAAAGGAAAAUAAAUGAAAAGGAAGUUUAAAAAAGGGAAGUGAUGUUAAGAUUUGACAAUGAAGGUGAUGGGUAGACAUAUUAAAACAAAAUCUGGAGAUAAAACAGUUUUAAACUAGUACAUCUUCAAACCAAAAGUGUUGAUUGCUAUCUUCAGCUGUAAUAGUGAAGGUACCAGCCGCAUUGUGAUUAAUCAUUUUAAAGGGAACUAUAUGAAGCUGCCUUCACUUACAAUGGAAAUUAUUAAAUUUGCUUAUCAUGCUAUGAAAAUGGUAAGUUACAGAAAAUUAUUCUACAUCAUACAAGUUCACUGGGUAAAAAUGUCUUGCUCAAGUAAUAAAACAGUAAUGUUCUGUUAUAGUAAUACAACCUUAAUUCUUAGUUCAAAGAAAGCGUUUCAGAAACAUACCCACAUGCUUAUUUGUCCAACAAUACAUUUAACUGUAUUGCCUUUGGAAACAAAAAGUUAACAUACUAGAAAUGUAUAAUGAGACUACUUUAAACAUCUGAACAGUCUAUAAGAACGAGCUUUUAAUCAAUUGUUAAUGAGUUAGCACAUAACUACUAAAAAAAAUAGAAAUAGAAAUUUCUACAGAAAAGAAAUAGAACUUUGUGUUUCUUUUUUUCUUGAAUGUAUUAUGAAGUAUUUUUAUAACCAGGUUAAAAUUACAGAUUGAUUUGAAAUAAAGCUGCAUAUUCUAAACAUUUUAAUUACAAAACAAAAUAAGAAAUUGGACGUUAUGGAAGUCCCAUCAUGUUGACUUUUGAUGGAAUUUGUCCAAUGGCCUUUUGCUGGCCAACAGUACUGCCGCACUACUUAACAAUGAAAUAAUGUUAGAUACAGAAAGUUUAAAAAUCACAAAAUUAAAUUCUACAAGCAUUAAUUUUUUUUUGCACAUCUUAAACUUAUGAGAAUGUUUAGUAAAAAGAUUCUGACACGUUAUUAAAAAAAAAGCUAUUUUUGAAGAGAAACUGUAGCAGAUGUGACACUAUUCCCGUUAUAGUACUGGGAAUAAACUAAAACUAUGUAUUGAGUGGUUAACUUCAACUAUGGUAAGUAUUCUAAAAUUGAACUUAGCAUGAUAAAGGAUGGUUAACAUGUUAGAUUAUAUUUAUUUAUUAUUUGCAUAUUAGCAACACUGAAAAUAUUUGGGCAGGGACCAUUUAAAAAAAAAAAGGUAUAUUUAAACUAUCUAGAACCUUUUUAGAUUUGCUAAUAGGAAAAGUAUAACGAUUGUGGCCCACAGUAAUAAAGCAGAUUACUGCAUACAGAAAAUGUAAGGGCUCCAUUGCAAGACUAUUAAACAUGUGGGAGUGUCUGCUUGGAUUCCAGAAAUUGGCUUUCUUCCUAGCUUAUAAUGUAGUUGCAAUUGUGCAGAGGGAAACAAAAGCCUGGGCCGAUAGACUAAUAACUCUUCAAAUGCUGUUUUUCUCCCCCAAUUGCAAUUUAGGAUGGAAUGGAACUCUUUCUAAAAGGCUUGUGGGCUGAAAUGAUCUGUAAUACAGGAAUGAAUGCAAACUGAUCAUGGUAGAUGUUCAGUUUUGUAAUUAGCUCUUGCAUAUCUGCACUACACAGCAGCCUAUAGAUUUGUCACAGCUGCUAGGUUAUCUGUUGAAUGGCUCUGUUGGUAAAUGUUGGACUGUUUUCCUCUUAUGUGUAAGAAUUCAGUCGUUCUUUUGAUCGGGAGGCAUGGAUAUCGUGCAGUUCCUGCUCUUCCUUCGUUUUGAGAUCUUGAUAUAUUUGCAUUUUGCAUGUGUCCUUCAAGUACGCCCAGUUUGCAGACAAAAUCAUGAGGAAAUGGAUCUGGAAGAGAAGGGUGAGGAGGAUGGCUAGUAAGCAUGUCAAGAUGCACAUAGCAUGCUGCUAGUCUGAUUACUUUGAGCUCGUUAUUAAGACAAAGAUACAAUAAAGGGUAACAUUGGGGAUAGUGUCAUUCUGGAUAAUAAGACAACUUGAAUGUUAUUUGGGAUCACACAAAGGCACAGAUAUGAACACAAUGAAAGCAUUGGUAUGAAAGCUAAUUCAUGAAGGAUUGUAUGAAAACUAGUCUUCCAAGAAAAUUGUCCAUAUCCUCUCCAUCCAGAAAAUGGUUGACAGUCAUGAGCAAGUAAAAAUAUAAUUGUUCCAGUCCUAUGCAUAUGACAAUUAAACGAUAUUGAAGCAA